UAAUUUCCCUAUCACUAAUGAUACUGUUAUUACUUCUACUAUGGGAUUUGUCUUGAUAGUUUUAUCUCUCUGUGCUAAUGGUGUGUGGCAACUUGGUUUGAUGAACACAUGUGCUAGGUUCUACGUUGCACAUGACUGGCUGAUAUGAAGGCUAGUUAUACUGAUCAGCUACUUAGUUAAUGACUGGAUUGAGUUGAAUAAGCCAGUGUAGGUUAGUACACUCGCUCUUAAAGCUGAUCAUGCUACCUGGUUGGAUAGACUGGGGGGCAAGUGAUGUGGAGUGUAUGGCUGCAACUUAAAUGUGUUGUAGUCAAUAAACUGCAUUCUAGAGUAGAGUGGGGAUACAAACAUAUGAUGUAGUGGGCUAAAGGAAUAUAUCAAACCGCAGGGCAAAAUAGAUGAGUUGAUUCGUUUGCGACUAAAAGCCGUAAUAAAAGGGAUGUAUCUGUCAGUCAAGCCGAAGUUUGUAUCAAAUGAAUCGCUCGUUGAGGCGGUUAUAUGCAUACAGAUUUACUCCCAAUAGACCCUCCAUUUGUGUCUAUCACUCAACAUGUACAAGCCAAGCCUCAUACUUUGAAAGAACAGAAAGGAGGGUUGUUGUAUUCAUCACUGAGCACAGUCAACAGAAACUUGAACUCAAAGGAUACCAUUUCCAGUCGUGCGAUUGCUAGCUAUGUGCUUGACAGUCGGCAUGAUGUUGAUUUGUCAGUCUUUCGAAAUAAUUAAUAAAUUAACUUAGGACUUAUUAAGUUUUGCCGAAGCAGUUUCCAUGAAAAGAUUUAUGAAUCCAGUAAGGCCCAAUUAACAAAUUUGCUUUACCGUGGUCUGGUUACAAAUUUCUUGUUUAACUUUUAUCUUAUGAUAUUAAUUAUGAUUCCUUAGUCCUUAUCUGAUCUAGUCGAUUCAUUUUACUGUUAUGCAUCACAUGACAUGAAGCUGACUUUUCAUGUCAUUUCUAGAAUUUCUGGUUUUAUGCUAUCUCCAGUCUUUCUUCUAGUAUAUGCACAUCGAAUAACUGUUUGAACAAACCUAGUUCUUCCUCAGUCGUCGUUCUCCAUUAUUCGAGUGUAUCAAGACUUAUUUUUUAUUACGUAUAAUAUGUAUCUUGUAUUGCUUUCUAAGUAGUAAACAGCUAAAGAGAAUCUUCAAAAUACAUAAUAUAAAUCCAUGUUAAUCGGCUACCUUACUACCUUAGUUCAAAAACAGUACUUGACUGUUUAUCAAUGGAGUAGAAUUACAUUUCACAGUAAAAGGCAUUAUUAAAUGUCAGUCAGUAUAAAGACAAUGUUUGUGGUUGUUGUUUGGAUCUUAUAAAUAAAAAAUAUAAAUUUACGACCCUCCAUAUGUUUUCUAAUUUCUGCCUGAAGAAAAUAAUCUAUAUUAUUCUCCAUGGUAUUUAAACAGUGGCGAAUCUUGUCAGUAUAAAUGGGCUAUCAUCUGCAACCUUUGUUAUGGUUAAAAUUUUCAUUUUCCCUUCGUUCUAGUACAUGUUUAAAUUCGAUGGUGAAUUCUUCACGGAAUAUAAAAGAAUUCAUAUAUAUGAAGCAGUAAAUCAACUAAAACGUCUCCGUUGUUUCGGCGCAUUGUGUGCAAUCAACACUAUUGUUUGGAGUUUUUUUACAUGUAAUCCACGACAGAUACAAACAACUAGUAGCAAUUUUCAGCUCUUCAAAGAAACCGCCUCCAAAUCUUACGAAAAAAUGGUAGAGAGUUUUAGACUGAAUUUGGAUACCAAACGACUUUAUCCUUGGAUAACAGCUGUACUUGCUUUCUCCUCGUUUCUUGGAGGACUUCUUUUACCACGUCGUAUGAUUCGCAACAUAAUUUUAAUAACCGCUGAGAAUAACAAUACUUCGGCACUACAAAAGUUUAUUCAGAUCGAUACCCAUGGAGCUUUUGGUAUUAAAAGUAAUGGUAGAACAUUCAAGAGACCUUUGAGAUAUAUAUCAUUUGACUAUAAAUCACCACCCUCUGAUGUAUCCAGAAUAAAUAUUCGUGUCAAGCAUGUACCUUUCGGUUUCAUACUUGAUUUACGAAAGGCAAAACACAUUGAUGAAAAUGAAUUGUGCUGUCUAAUGUACAAAGUUAAUCAGAAGUGUAGUACUUAAUUCUGUAAUAACUGUAAUAUGUAUUAUCUUAUAAAUUUCAUGUUACUGGAUAAAUAAUAUGAAUGCUUGUAGACAAUGUUCAUGUAAAAUCAGUGGUUUUCAAUCUACUGAAACUAUCGUAUUACCAAUAUCCUACUCAUAAUUUAUACUAAUGGCUUACGAUGAAAUAAAAUAGACUCCAUAUUU